AUGGUGAGUUUGAGAGAAAACUUUGGAGGUCGGCCGAGAGAGCCCUCGAUCCUCUCCCAAUCUGGUAGUGGAGUUUGCAUGAUGAAUAUCUCUUGGAGAGAUGGGCAGCAUCCUUCAUUCAUCCAAUUCAUUUCGUCCUUUCUUAGUGCAAAUUCAUACCGCCUCAACUUUCUUCCAAUCACUCCUGAUUUUAUUUUCAACAAUGGUGGAUUGUCUGUAGCAUUCAUUUUUGUGACCAACUGGGAUAGUGAUAUUGCACCCUCUGUGUUUAGCAGAGUUGAGAAACUGAAGAAGCAGUUUGGGCAUUUUUACGUUGUCGUUUCUCUCCCAACGAAGGAGCAAAAUGACUCUUUCAACCAGUCAUAUUUCAAGUAUGCUAUGGAGCUCGGCUGUCCAACAUUUGUUCCAGUUCUUGAUCCAGAGAUGGGAUUCGAAAAGAUUGUCAAGAUAGCUCAUGCUCGUGGGGUUUGUAAACGACAAGAUGCUGUAUCUAAGUUGAAGGAUGAGCGUGAACGAGCUGUGCAGGGGAUGGACACGUUCCUUAAAGUGGUCACCUCUAUACCUGGCAUUGACAAUCAUGAUGCCAAUGCGCUUAUUCAAGCUAUUGGUUCUAUUGAAGCAAUUUCCAAAGCUCCGAAGGGUGUUAUUUUGGAGAACACUGACCUUUCAAUUGACAAAGCUGAAAGGAUUGUAAGGUUUUUCAGGGAUCCAGACUACUAUCUUAGUUCGAAAAUCAAUUAAUCACACAAAGUAUGGAAGCGUACCUACCUGAGCUCGAGCUAACUGUCCAGGUAUCUCUUGUAUGCAAUUUUCCUGAGAGUACCACACUUUGCUGGAGCCCGAAAGCAGGGAAGUGAUAUAAAUACUGGAAGUAGUUUGCUUAAUUCUGUGUGACCUUCAGAUUAGAUUACCGGGUUUUGUUUGUUCAGUAAUCUACUUCUCUGAACUAAGCAAGCUCAUAGUAGCUAAAUUCAGCUGUUACUGCAUUGCGAAUGGACUAUCUGCAUGAAGUGUAUCUCAACGUUCUCAAUAACAAAUUCAAAUUUUAUCUGUAAUGUCUUCUGAU